UCAAAGCUUUGAAAACUCUCUUGAGGUGACAGGUAUGAUGAGUUUACUUUCGACCCCUUUUAAUUUCCUUUUAUUCAGUUCAAAUGACCUAUUAUUUGUUAAAGAAUGAAAACCUUUUCCUAUUAUUCUCACAACUAAAGCGAAAAGCGAAAGCAAUCGUAAAGCAAUUAUGAAAAGAGACUCCUCACAACUAGAAAAAAAACCAAUCAGUUAAAUAAAUGUAUUCCCUUGAUGAUUGAUAGCUGAGAGGGAAGCAAGGAAAUAUGCUAAUUUUUAUGACACUGUUAAAAAAGGAAAAUGUUAUAUGAUAAUAGAAAGACAAAUAUCGCUGGUGUAAGAUAUAAAUACAUCGGGGAAACGUGAUUUACAAAAAGAUGUUGAGUCACUUCGCGUCGAAAUCUCCCGGCUAAGAUAACAGACGACUGUGAUGAGUUCAGCAUCGUCACAAUUCUUUGCGAAACGUGUAGCAAUGAAUAUUUCCAGUUUUUCUACGCCUACUUUGAGUCACCCCAGUCCAAGCCAACCCUGUUCUAACGUGGUGUCCACGCUAUUUAUAGUUAUUAUAUCCAUGGUCACACUCGCGGCUCUGAUUGGCAACGUUCUCAUCAUUGCAAGUUUUUUCAAAACUCCCAACCUGAGGACGAGGACUAAUUAUUAUAUAAUCAACAUGGCCAUGUCUGACCUCAUUUGUGCAUGUUUUAGCUGGCCACUUUAUGCAGUUGAAGGAAUGCUGACAAGAGCUGAGUUCUUCAACCAACACUCUGCCUUAAUUCUCUGUAAACUGGGAAUUUGCUUCAGGGCAAUUUCACAAAUAGUGUCCGUGUUAUGCUUGGUUCUAACAUCCGUCGACAGAUAUGCGGCUAUCGUUCACCCAGUAAAGAUAACGGUAAUGAGUAAUGGCAAAUUUCGAGUUAUUUUACUGUUGUUUUCUUGGAUCAUUCCUGUUUGCUUUGCUUACCCAUAUUACACGUUCGCUGAAAUUGUGAAGGUAAAUAACCAAACAUUCUGUAGAGUAGUUUGGAGUGCAUCAGCUCACAUAAUUUUUAAUGCUGUUGGAUUUGUUAUAUUUUAUUGCAUGCCUCUUGCUGGUAUAACCAUUCUCUAUACUCACAUCACAAAGACACUUAAAAAUCGUCCAAACAUAGGAAACUCAGUCCAAGAAAAGCAUAUCAGAAGAAGACGAGAUCAACAUCGGAAAUUAAUGAAAAUCUUAACAUCAAUUGUUGCCAGCUUCUUUACUUGUUGGACACCACUUUGCAUUUAUUUGGCAUUAAAAAUGUUUCAUUCAGGGUUGUUUCUUCAAGAUAAAUGCUUCUUACUCCUAGGUUUGUUUUUCUACGUCUUUCCGUCAUUCAGCACAGCAGUCAAUCCUGUUAUCCUUUUCCAGUUUAGUUCAAAAUUUCGACAGGCGAUGAAAAGCUUUCGUAUUCCUUUUCUUGAUUUCAAUAAAUGUCGCCGGUUUCUGUGCAUACCCAAGAAUAGGGUUGGAUCAGUUGAAAUAGAUCAUGUUGGUAAGGCAGAGUUAAGCUAGAUGUCUCUCAUAUUUGACGGAUUUGGAAAAACACUGAUAAUAAAUAACUGGUCAUAGCAGAAAAGCCACGAGAUUGCAACAAUUCAGCAACAAAAAGCUGUAGUUCAAAAAAGAGAAUGGAAACUUCUCAAUCUUACAAGGAUUGCAAAACAUUGCGCAAUGAAAUAAAAUGUAUAAAAAGUCGACUUCAAUUUGGCGUGUUAUUAUUGUUAAUUACAACCAUGAUACAGUGAAUAAUGAUCAGUCUUAAAGUUAAUAACUUAGUUUUCCAGUAUCAGCCGGGAAAUCUUACGAAAUAAGAAGUGGUCGGCCUGAAUCCGAUAAUGCUUGUAAAACAUUUAAUGUCAAAAUCAUGUCUCUUUAUGUUAGGGAUAUACUUUUGUAUUUAGAAUUGUUAAGAUGUCAAAUAAAUAAAAUGAAUUACGUUUA